AUGCCAGGCCUGUACGCCCUCUCCUCCUGGGAGGCUCUGCCCCUGAAGAGCUCCAGGGUGAAGGCUUGUGCCAACGGGUACUCCCUGAGCAUCACUGCUCACCUCGUGUACACCAACCCCCACGAGGAGCCCGUGGAAGGUAUCUUCAUCUACCCGCUGGAGGAGUCGGAGGUAGUGACUGGCUUCGAGGCGGUGGCGGGCAGCCGGCGGGUGACGUUCCAGGUCCAGAACCGGCACCGGGCGCAGGACUGCUGCCUCCAGUGCGGCACCAGCCCAGGCCGGCUGCGCCGCUGUGCCGGCGGCCACCUCGUCCUGGAUGAAGAUGCAGAGCGCUCCACCUUCGUCAUCGUCACGGGCACGCUGUGCCCAGCGGAGAGCCUGGCCGUCACCCUGAGCACGGCGCAGGAGUUGGCCACUCUGCCGGACGGGGCCCUGCGCCUCCUCCUCCCCCCCAUCCUCACGCCCCGCGUCCCCACCGUCCCCGAGAGCGAGCCGGCAAGCUUGUGUGACGACAGGUUGGCCCUAUGCCCUGCUGCUACCCCCCAUGUCCCCCUGGCCGAGCCCCACUGUUACGACAGGGACCUGGAGAUCAUCCUCUACCCCUGCGAGCCCCACCACCCCCACCUGGUGAUGGAGGAUGGCACCAUGACGUACCCUGAGUACGAGGCCCACAUCCGGAGCCGCCGGGAUUACACACGGAUCUCCAGGAAGGACAACAGUGGGGAGAGACAGGUGGCUUUCGUGCAGAAACGUUUCCACAAAGACAUCUUCCCCAACCCCGUGUUGAUGCUGAACUUCUGCCCGGCAGCGGAGGGUGUCCCUGGGGACCUGCAGAGUGUCACCCGUGAGGUCCUCUUCCUUGUCGACCGCAGUGGCACCAUGAGUGGCCCUGACCUCGACAAGGUCAAGGAAGCUUUGCUGGUGGCCCUGAAGAGCCUCCCGUCGAGGACGCUGCUCAACAUCGCCGGCUUCGGCACCGAUUGGGCGCUGGCACAGCCCCUUCCCCAUGGCUCCCCCCGCCAGCUCUUCCUCUUCACCGACGCAGCAUCAGGCAACACGGGCAGGAUCCUCCGGCUGGUGCGCAGGCAGGCCAGCACCGUCAGGUGCUUCAGCUUCGGCAUGGGCCCACGGGCAUGCCGGCGGCUGCUGAAGGGGAUGGUAAUGGUGGCCCUGAGCACGGAGGAGCUGGCACGGUGCAAGAAGGCGCUGGCACGCACCGCCCUGGCCGGCCGCAGCUUUUCCUCACCACAUGGGGAGCUGGAUGCUCACCGGCUCUGCCGGGCCCUGGAGAAGGUGUCACAGAAGAGGAACAAGUCCCUGGAGGGGCAGCUGGACGAGCUGGGACCCCGGGGACGACGACUGCAGCCCAGUGCGGUGGAGUCAAAUAAUCUCCUCUCACCCACGCACCUGGACUGGGACAUGCUGGUGGAGCCCUCCUACCUCUUCAGUGCCUCACCGGUGCCCGCCGAGCCGGGGGAGCCAAGCCUGGGCGAUGCCAGCCUGCCCCUGCGCUGCCAGGUGGUGAUCCACGCGUUACAAGCCGGCAAGCCGGUGUCCUGGGAAGUGACGGCCUCGCUGGAGCCGCUGCUGCAGCCCCGGCGGGAUGUGGAGGAGCAGGAUGAGGCCCCUGUUGCUCCAGACCAAGAUGAGACCCCCGGGUCUCCGGCCAGCAUCUCCUCUGCUACCUACGGCUGGGAGAAGCAGAACUGCUCGAAUGGACCUCCAACCAGCCCCUCCACCACCUCCAUGGCCUCCCAGAAAUCCACAGAGAGCAUUGCUGGCUCCAGGUGAGGCUGGGGGGUGGGGGGAAUGCGUGGGGCCCCAAAAAUGGCACACCACAGGGAGAGGAAGGGCAGUGCCACUUCUUGGUCGCCUGCCCCUCCAUCGCAGGUGCAGCUCCAGCAAGCCCAGGGGCCGUUCCAGCUCAGCGAGAGCUUCUCCGAAGUGGUGCAGAUCCCCCUGGAGCGCCUGUGCCGAGCCUCCCCCUACGCCUCCCACCGAGCCAGCCUCAGCCCCACAUCCCCAGGAGCCAGGAGCAGCCCCGAUGCAGGGCCCUGCGGCAAGGAGGGAGAGGAGCCUGCUGCAGCCCCGCAACCCGGCUCGCCCCCGUCCCGCAGCACUUGCUCCGAGGUGCCCAGCGCAGCUGUGUGGGCGCAGGCGGACAGCGGGCACGGCUCCGAGUCCGACACCGGCCCCCACUCACGCCCCCUCCCCGAGACCGGUUGCGAGGAGUGGGAGCUGGUGGCGGCCAAGGCGGACGCGUGGCUGCAGGCGCAGCGGCUGCCCGAGGGGGUGGACGUGGGCUGCCUCAAAGGGGCGGCCAGGCACUUGUUCCUACUGCUUCGUCACUGGGACGAAAACAUCAAGCUGAACAUGCUGUGCUACAACCCCAACAAUGUCUGA